AUGCUGAGGAGACGCCGCCGCUCCCGACGUGGGCGGAGCUUGGUCCUGGCCCCGCCCCCCCCCCCCGCGCGCCCCGCCCCGGAAGCCCCUUCUCGGUCCGCGCCGCGGGCGAGCCGCGCCUCCUGCUCCUCGGGCGGCUGGUUCGGCGUCAGCUCGGGGCACCCAGCCGCCCAGGGGGGUACGCGACGCUCCUCGGAUCCCUCAGUUCUUUUCCGCUUGCUUCCCGGCUCUGCUCCCUGCACAGCAGCCUCGGCCUCCUCCCUUCUGGGAGUCAGCCCAGAUGUGGAGGGGCCCCCACCAAUCCCGCACUGGCAAUCGGGGACAGCAGACCAAAGGUCCAAUUCGGAUACAGAUCGAGAGGAGGGCCCUGUUCUGGAGCCUGGGAAAUCCAAGGUCGUUGUGCCAGUAGAUUUGGUGUCUGGUGAGGGCUUCCUGGUUAAUAGGAGCCAGAAGAGUGUCAUGCUGAGUUGGGAGGAGGGAUCAGCCCUCUUCUCACCUCUGAGCCACACUUUUCACCUGGAAUCUAGACACCUAUGUUCUGCCUGGACACACCGCUUCUCCUUCAACUCAACCUUCAAUUUCCAGUCCCCAGGGUCAACUCUCAGCUUCCUGUCCUCUAUGUCCUCUUCCCUUCCCCAGAUAAAAUCACAGAAAGCUUCAGAAAUAAAGCUUGGUGUUAACUAG